AUGACCCGACAGCUGCUGCCUUCACUAGCACCACAACCGAUAGUGACUCGACAGUUGUCGGCGUUAUCUCCACAACCGACAUCGCCAGUGGUCGGACCGUCAUCGUCUGACGCAGCAGAAGCAACGGAAGGGGAACUGAGUGAGACUGAUUUUCACCGGCUCGCAGACGAAGCCCUGCACUGGCUCCAUGAGAAAUUCGAUGCUCUAGGUGAUGAGGUGGACAUUGAAGGAUUUGAUGCUGACCUGUCCCAAGGAGUUCUGACUCUUCGUCUUGGACAACACGGAAUCUUUGUCAUCAACAAGCAAGCCCCGAACAGGCAGAUAUGGCUUUCAUCCCCACAAAGUGGUCCAGCACGCUUUGAUUGGUUACCAGGCGAAGGUUGGGUGUACCGUCGCACAGGAACAGAGCUCAUGUCUCUCUUGCAGGCGGAGUUAAGCGCAUGCUUAGGCGCUGGAGUUGUGCCCUCCCUCACGCUGAGCCAUCCCAUGUAG